GCUGCUGUGGCUUACAGGAAGCACUUGCUGUUAGCUCCAGGGCUAGCUCUGACUUACAAACAGCACACUUAUGCGUUCUGACAGCUCCAGAUCUCUGCUCACACCACGUCUCUGUCCUCCCCGCAGUCUGUCCUCACCAUGACACGCUCUCACCUCUCACCGUGACUCACAUGUGCUGUGUGGAGUCAACAGGAUGCUAGCAUGUGGAGCCAGCAACACAACAGGAAAUUAGCACGUUAGCAUAGCCUGUCAUUUCCAAUAGUUUUAACUGUGCGCAUUGUGUUUGUAAUAAGCCACUAAAGCCAUGGACACGGAGGGGAUCGUGAUUCGGAUCAAGACUCCGUCGGGGGACAUGGACUCGCCUGUGGACUAUCCGUUCCUGUUAAACUUCAAUGACUUGCUGGUUGCUAUCAGAGAUGUGAUGCCUGAAGCCACUGUCACUGCCUUUGAGUAUGAAGAUGAAGUUGGAGAUAGGAUCACUGUGAGAAGUGAUGAAGAACUGAAAGCCAUGCUGUCCUAUUACUGCAACACCAUGACUGAACAGAGGAUAAACGGCCUGCUGCCAGACCCUCUGCAGAUAUUUCCACGAGCCGGCAAGACUCCAGGGAUCCGGAACAUACAUGGCCUGAAGGUUAAUACGAGGACCAGCCCAGCCAAUGACUGCACGCACGCCGUCCCCAACUCCAUAGCCAACAACAGCUUAAAGAAAUCAUCUGCUGAACUGAAGAGGAUCCUCUCAAAUGGACAGAUAAACGCUCAGGACAUCCAGUACCAGGAGCAGCUGGGACACGGCAACGGAGGCACUGUUUACAAAGCAUAUCAUCUAUCGUACAAGCGGGUUUUAGCUGUCAAGGUCAUUCCAUUGGACAUCACAGUGGAGUUACAGAAACAGAUCAUGUCUGAGUUAGAAAUUCUCUACAAGUGUGAUUCUCCAUACAUCAUCACCUUCUUUGGGGCCUUCUUUGUGGAGAACAGGAUCUCCAUCUGCACUGAGUUUAUGGACGGAGGGUCACUGGACGUGUACAAGAGGAUACCGGAACAUGUUUUGGGGAGGAUCGCUGUGGCAGUAGUGAAAGGCCUGACGUAUCUGUGGAGCCUAAAGAUACUUCACAGAGAUGUCAAGCCGUCCAAUAUGCUGGUGAACACCCGAGGACAAGUCAAGCUCUGCGACUUUGGUGUCAGCACACAGUUGGUGAAUUCUAUAGCCAAAACCUAUGUUGGAACCAAUGCGUACAUGGCUCCUGAGAGGAUUUCAGGGGAGCAGUACGGCAUCCACGCAGACGUGUGGAGUGUGGGCAUCUCGUUUAUGGAGCUGGCACUAGGCAUGUUUCCAUACCCACAGAUUCAGAAGAACCAAGGAUCUUUAAUGCCUCUCCAGUUACUCCAAUGCAUCGUUGAUGAGGACCCUCCCGUUCUCCCUGUGGGACAGUUUAGUGAGAAGUUUGUUCACUUCGUCACUCAGUGUAUGAGACGCCAGCCUAAAGAGCGGCCUGCCCCCAAUAACCUCAUGGAGCACCCGUUCAUAGUCCAGUACAAUGAUGGCAGCUCAGAGGUGCUCUCCCUGUGGGUGAGGUGCUGUCUGGAGGAGCGCAGGCAGCAGCAGCAGAACCAAGUCUGAGCUCCCAGAACUCGAUGAGGACUGGACCAGGGCUGAGCCUGAACCAGGACUGGACCAGAGCAGCACACGGCCUACAGCCUGGACACACAAGUCUUUGUCAGUGUAAAGGACGUGUUCACGUGACAUCACAACUUUGUAGAAGAAAGUGCUUUUUUUUAUUGUAGCUUCAGAAAGUGUUGCCAUUAUUCAACCCCAAAGACGUGAUUGUUGUCAGUUGAAAUGACUUUUAAGUCACAAGAUCAAGAUGGGAAGUUUGUAAAGCCAAUCACAAACAAACUUUCUGAAAAAGUGAAUCUCCAUCGAGUUGUAGAGGCCCCCGCCCUCUAUCUGAAAUACGACUUCUACAACGUGAACACAGUCUGUUCUACAGAGGAAGGGUCUGGUACUGUUUGCUACAAUCAGACUAAUGAGACUAAUGAUGAGGAAUGCACAAAGUGACAUGUAUCUUUCAUUUGAACAUGUUAACCUUGUAUCUGAGAACAGCUGGAUAAUUUAAAGGGCCCAUAUUAGGCUAUUUUCUGAUCUAAUAAUAAUUCUGAUGAUGUUCCUCAUCACACACAGACCUGGAGCUGUGUUUUGUUUCAUUCACACAUGUUUAACACACAAACCUGCACAUUUAGGAUUAGUAACACAGGAAGUGCUACAAUGUUGUUAAACUCCAUAUACCUUCUCUAGAAUCAUUUGGAUAAUUUCAGCCAAUCUCCACUAAAAAAAGGAGCUGUUGACUUUAAUAUGACCACUUAAUGACAUCACAAGGUGAAACAGAGCAUUUUGUGCUUGAGAGAUGUAGACAGACUAAUAAUAAUGGAUUAUUCAAACAUGUGAAUGAGACAAAACACAACUCCAGGUCUGUUUUUGAGGAGGGAACAUUCUAACAUGGUUAUAAGAUCACAGUCAUUUUGUUCAUAAUAUAGGACUUUAAAAAAAAAAAAAACAGAACCAGCAAACAAUCAAUGUCAAACAGCAGCCAUUUUGAUCACUGGUCUCCAAACUCUGACCUCCUUGAAUACGAUUGGUCCUCAGAAGAAUGAGCUGUAGGACACAACGUGUGUAUGGAGCAGUACCAGACUCACUCUCUCUGUUUUUAUUCCACUGAGAAAGACUGCAGAACAGGCCCAGCUGUGGGUUUGAUAGAGACUUUACAUGAAACUGCCUUACACAACAUGAGAGCCUGGAGCCUGCUUCUCAGAAGGACCCAGACGAACUGCACGGGAGCACUCUGGGAGGGCAUCAGGGUUAUCUGUCCUUACUGAAUGUACAGGGGGUUUGCCUGUGAGUAUUUCAAGCACAUUUUCAUCCCAUCAUAUUUUACAAUUCUGAAAGCACUCACCAGAUUAGGCUUAUUAGUUUUAGUCAGUUAUUAAGAGGCAACAUUAUAAACCACAGACUGGAUGUAGAGGGCAGCUGAUUGGUCGUUGCCUCCUGGAGUGGGUGGAGUUUGUGGUUUAGUAUUUAGAAGUCUUAGAAAGUGAGCACCAAUAAUUCCAAAUGACUCAGCUGUAAAUGAAAAGUGACAUGUGCAAUAGUCUCUAUUCACGCUUACGUCACAAACCAGGAAGACGUCUGGAAAUAUGACGACUUCCUUUGGGCUCUGUUCACGAUAAUAAGUCUGAGAAAAUGGCCCAGUUUUAUUCAUCUCCAGGUCAUUGUAGCGUUCCGUUUUGUUCGGCGAAUCAGCAACUCCAACCACACCUCAGUUUUCAUCAUUUUCAUCAAACAGCACAUACGUCCUCAGUCUUCAUUUUACCACUUAUCACAUUUACUUCAGUGGGUUUGAUCACAGUCGGUCGGUGAACCCAGUGUCACGAACUACACCAGAAGAUGUCAUUGCAUCUUUCCAAACGUCUUCCUGGUUUGUAACGUAAGCGUGACUAGAGACUAUUUUGUAGAUUAAUAAUAAUAACUAACUAAUUACGUUCAUAUCAACAAAAAAUUAAUAAAAACAUACCUUGAUAAAAGUGGGACACCUAAACUCCUAAAACCACAUUUCAAAUAGAGCUGAUAGUGCGGGGAAGAGGGGCGGGGUCUGGAGGUAUAAAAACAGUGUGAUUGGUCAAACAGGUGUCCACCUAACUCCUGGCUGUAAUCAGGGCAGUUCUGUGUCAUGUCACCAACUACUGGGAAUCACAGAGGCCACUGAAGGCAGCACAAAUGUAGAUUUGGUUGUCACCAGAAAGCUGCAAAUGUAUCUAGUUCACACAAAAGUUUCUAAAAGUUACGUGGAACAGUAGAUGAGACACACAGACAGAGGGAGACUUUACUGAUCCUGAGGGAAAUUCAAGUUUUGCUGCAGCAAACUGUUGAAGUUGAUGUUGCUGCAGCAUUUUCACUGCACGUCUCAGUUUCCUUUGUGUCUCAGUCAAAGGUCUCAGUGCAGUUUUACAGGACGACUGGUCAAAAGUGUCCCUCAUCUGUGUCCUCCAGCAUCACAGCAGCCUCUAGGAAACGUCUCACUCUUACUCUGCUCUGGUGUUUCAGUUUUGAUGAAAUGGUCCAAGUGUUUCCUCUCGAAGAUCUUCUGCCACAUUUGAUCAUACAGUUACACAAUACACACAGUUUAGUGUUUAGUUCCACUUUCCAUGCUUCUGUAGAGUGCUUCUUCAUGUUGUAUUGUCCCACUUGAAAUUGUCUAAUGUGUUGGGAUGAGAAUGUGUGAUUGUGUGUGCCUCUUGUACUGCUUACCUCAGCUCACAUGACCAGAGGAAGGCCGCAGCUGUCCUGUCUGUAUCAGUAGCACGUUGGCUGUGGACUGCAGAGGUCUGUGAGCAGUGAGGGGUCAGUGAAGCCUUUGGAGAUGAACACACAGGAGAGGACAGCUCCUCUGCACAGUCCAGGCUCAGACAGACACUGUGUGACUAAAGACUGGCUUUUCAUGCACCGCUGAUGGAGCCAAGUGUGCAGUGUUCAAGUGCAAUUACAUGUGCUACAGAAGAGACCACAGAACAGAGACCUGAAGAGCCUAACUCUAUUUUAGUGUCAAAUAUUUCACUUUUCAUCUUCAUUUCAAUGUUUUUUCACUUUAAAGUGUCCAUAUGACAUUCUUUUCUGAUCCACAUACGGUAUAAUGCAGUUUCCUCCUCACAAACACACCUGGAGCUGUGUUUUGUUUCAUGUUUAACACACAAACCCUGCACAUUUAGAAAGAGUUCUUCUCUUAAACUUAAAACUGUCUCUUCCACUUUGUGAUGUCAUUUGGUGAUAUAGGAAUCAUUUGGAUGAUUUCAGUCCUGGAAUUUCUUAUUUCUACUGAACUAAAGGUAAAAGGAGCUGUUCACUUGAAAACUACCACUACGUGACAUCACAAGGUGGCACGGUGCAUUUGGAGCUUUGGAGAUGUAGACAGACUAAUAAUAAAGAGUUACUCAACCGUGUGAAUGAAACAAAACACAACUCCAGCUGUUUCUGAGGAGGUGACAACAUUCUAACAUGACUUAAAGCUCAGUAGUAGUUGAAUACAGAUGUUGUCCUGGUUUCCCAGAAGAAUUGUGCUGCAAUAAUGAAACUGAACUAGUGAAAACCAAAUCUCUUUCAGCAUGUGGGCCUAAUUCAAAUGACAUCAGUAAUAUGGAUGGAUGAUAUAUCAGUUCAUACAGAAACAGAAAAUGGAAAGAGAAGAGCUACUAUGCUUAAAAUCCAUCUGGCUGUGUAUUUCCACAGUCUUGCAGCCGAUGCUUUGUUUUCCACAGUUGUGUCUGUGGGAGGAAACGUUCUUACGCCUGUUACAGCCGCCUGCUUUAAAACUGCACUGAUUUUCAACCAAUUCCCUUUGAACAGAAUUCUGUUUUUAUCGCCACUCUGGAGCACAGCCCACCUCACGUUUGACUUGUACUUUCUCUUGUGCCUGUGCCUGGUCCAAUGAGCUGGACACACUGUUCAACAGUGACCAGGCCUUGUGUGUAAUACGUGUGUGUGUGUGUGUGUGUGUGUGCGUGUGUGUGUGUGUGUGUGUGUGUGUGCGGGUCAGAUACAUGAUGCCAACAGGACAGUGGCUCCUGAUGCACACCCUGCAGCCAUAUCCUCUGUCACUUCCUCAAGCUUUAUUUUGUUCUCAUGUCGUAUUUAUUAUUUUUCUAUUUUACCAUGUUGUGUUUUGUUACUCUGUAUAAUUCUGCCUUUCUUGUACGCUGGCACAUACCCAACCAGAAUGCACAAUAAAAGUAUGUAACCACCGUA